AUGGAAAGGUGUCCUGUGCAUAGGAGGAAGUUGGCAGUUCUAGCAAUAUCUGCAUAUUUUGAGUUAUUAUUGAACCUUAUCAAGUUGAUAAUCCAAUAUUACAAGGAACUAGAAUAUGAAGAUGUCCAAGUUUUGGAGCAUGUUACUCCAUGGGAGACACCCAUUGCUCGACAGCAGGUUAGAAACUCAUUCAUGGCGUGCAUCACAUCCCAUGGUGACAUAUCCAACACUAUGCUUAUAAGAAUGAGUUGUAAAUCUUUUGAAAAGUUAUGUAAUCUUCUUAGAGAUCGAGGGGGGCUUAGAUGUAGUUGGAACAUGGAGAUAGAUGAGAUGGUUGCCAUCUUUUUGUACACGAUUGCUCAUAAUGAAAAGAACCGACAAAAUCAGAUAACAUUUCGACGUUCAGGAGAAACCAUUAGUAGAGUGAUCAAAGUUGUACUCAACUCGGUCUUGAAACUGCAUCCUAUUCUACUUCGUAAACCAAAGCCAGUUCUUGAGGAUUCAGAAGAUCCAAAGUGGAAGCACUUCAAGAAUUGUCUUGGUGCCGUUGAUGGAACCAUAGUUGAAGUACGAACAACCAAAGAUAGACAAGCAAGAUAUCGUACACGCAAGGGAACAAUUGGUAUGAAUGUGUUGGGGGUUUGUAAUCAAAACCUAGAGUUCAUAUACGUGUUGACUGGAUGGGAAGAAUCAGCUCAUGAUGGAAGGGUUUUAAGAGAUGCUCUUGCUAGGCCAAACGGGUUGAAAGUGCCUAGAGGAUACUACUAUUUGUGUGAUGCUGGUUACAGUAAUUGUCAAGGAUUCUUAGCACCUUAUCGAGGGCAACGAUAUCACUUGAAAGAGUGGGGUAGGAAUAGACCAAAGACUCCUGAAGAGAUCUUCAACAUGAGACAUGCCACAGCAAGAAAUAUUAUAGAGCGAGUUUUUGGUAUACUGAAGAUGCGGUGGGCAAUUUUAAGAGACACCACAUGGUUCUCCACUCGUAUGGUUGCCAAAAUCGUGAAUGCUUGUUGUCUACUACAUAAUUUCAUACGAGGAGAGGUGGGUGCUGAUGUCUUUGAGAGGGUGUAUGAAGAUGAAGAUCCAUCUACUGAACCGAUAAUAGAUGAUGAUGAGUUGAUAACACUGAUCCAACCGACACUAGAGUGGACACAAUUUAGACAACAAUUGGCACAGGAAAUGUGGGCGUCUAGAACCUAUUAUGCUAACUAG